UUAUUAAAGCGUAUACGGCGCUGUAGGGACACUUGUGGAAGUUGUAAAAGGAAUGGAAUGUGGAGUGUGGAAUUUUGGAGGACGGCAAUGUCUUGAACAGGACGUUCCUCUCAUCUAUGGCUUAUGGUUUUGAAGGUGUAAACUUCUCUACAAGUGAAAAGAUAAUUUUAGUUGACAGGGAUGGAUGAAGAUAUCACAAGAUGCCCAAAUGCUUUGGAGGAGGCAGGUCGAGCAUUGGGAUGCCAAGGCUGCCCUGGUCAAGCUCUCUGUCAGGCACAAGGUGGUCCAGACCCCAAGCAAACAGCCCUCAACAUUCGAAUGAAGGCUAUAAAACACAAAAUUCUUGUCAUGUCCGGCAAAGGAGGAGUGGGCAAGUCGACGCUGGCGGCGAGCCUGGUGGUGCGGCUGUCUCGGCGCGGCCCGGUCGCUGCGCUCGACACGGACAUCUGCGGCCCCAGCCUGCCGCGCCUGCUGGCCGUCGAUGGCGCCGACAUCAUCAGCACGCCCUGGGGCUGGAAACCGCCCAUCUCCAGCCUGGGCGGCGUGCGGGUGCUCUCAGUGGGCUCGAUGCUGCCGUCCGACGAGUCGUCGGUGGCGCUCCGCGGGCCGCGCAAGACGCACCUGAUCCGCUCCAUGCUGGCCGACACGCUCUGGGGACGGCUGAGCUACCUGGUCAUCGACACCCCUCCCGGCACCAGUGACGAGCACCUGAGUCUGGCCAAGCUGUUGCGAGAGACGAGGCCGGACGGCGUGGUGCUGGUGACCACGCCGCAGGACCUCGCCUGCGGCGUGGUGCGUCGCCAGAUCACCUUCUGCCGUAAGGUCGGGCUCCACAUACUGGGACUCGUCGAGAACAUGGCCGACUUCGUCUGCCCCUGCUGUCAGGAGCGGUACCGGCUGUUCGCCGACGAUAGCUCGGCUGCCAAGGUCACGGCUGACUUCGGUCUGCCUCUGCUCGGCUCCGUGCCGCUGGACUGCGACCUCGCCGCCUGCUGCGAGGCGGGGCACGAUUUUGGCGCCAAAUACCCGCAAUCCCGUGCCGCCGCCGAGCUGGACAAGAUCGCGGCCGAAGUGGCGCGACUCUGCGAGCAGAGCUGAUUGCCUCAUGCACUCAGGGCUUCUGGCGACGGUGGAGUGAGUGGAAGGGAUUGGUCACUCCACGUGAGGACCUGGUCGGUGGAGAUGGCCUACUCGCCUGCGGGGUGAGGCGUGAUCCUUUUGACGAAGCGCCCGCCGAUGCUGACUCGGAUCGGGGGCGACCGAUCGCUCUUCUAGCUGGGCUGUGGUGACGGAGGCCACUGUGGUGGUCGUGGUUAACAUAUGACUCCGAAGCGCAGGUCAGCAGCAGAAGGCCACGAGUGGGAGCCAGGUCAUGGCUUAAGCAGGUCAUCUUCCGUCUAAGCAGAGACUCCUGAGGGUCGCGAGCAGAGCCUGAGCCAUAUGCCGUGCCAGCCACGUGUCACGCGCUUAGGCGUGAGUGGCAUUCACAGCUCAUUUGGUGUGUUGAUCAAGCAGCAAAAAAUCUGCAGUGCGCGUGGCCACGGCUGUCGAAGUAUAACGGGUACGCCUUAGGAAGAGGACGAUCUCGUCUAAUCCCAUGCUAAAAGCUUAACCAAGUACACAUUCAAUUAGGGGGUGUCGGCGGGCACACAUGCCUGACAUGCCACUGGACGUAAAGUAAUGACAUGUGUAUGGCAUGACGGGGCAUAUAAGCUCAUGAAGGAUUGCAUGUCGGCGUGGGGUAAUUAAGAUGCGGGUUUGGGAUGUGACAAUUUUCAGACCCGCGGCUGGACGUACUCCACCUGUUGUAGAGAAACGCUGCUGCAUGACGGUCGAACGUGACAUAUAGUCGCUGUAAAGUGGUGCGUUGCUAUUCCAUGUUAGUUCUCAGUCGCUGUGAUCUGACGUUUGGGUCUCACUUUCUUCACAUGUUACCGUUUUGCAAGAAUCUCUACAGAUAUUAUUGCGACAAUAGUGUAUUUUGUCAAAGGUGUUGCUCGGUUUGUGUAUACAUCUCGGAGUGGCGAUAUUGGCUCCAUGCCUUAUGUGACCUCACACGACAAAGCUAUUUUUGGUGAAAUGCAUAAUCCGUGGCGUCCGUUACCCGAUCCGCGCAUUUGCCAUGCAAUAUCGUUCAUUGCAGUAGCAUGUCGGCAGUGUAAUCCUCCGGUUCCAAACUGCCCUUUGUGUACUUGUUGGGGCAGCCUGCGUCAUGUUAGAAAUGCUCAUAAAACUGGAAUUGUGAUGUAUUUUUUCGUCAAUAUUGGCGACGUGAGGUGCAAUA